UCACGGUUUAAGCCAGAACGUUGAGUCAGAAUACGACUAUUACAUGCUCACGGUAGUGUUAUUUUGUGGGAGUAAUGUUUUAUUAGUGAGAGGAUCAAUGCGAGUUUGUUCCUUCAAUUUGAUCACACUAGACUUGUUGAAUUUUUAGACGGAACCUUAUUCAUGUGUCAAGCAAGUGGCCAGAUGUGAAGAUGCUAGUGACGGUCAAGUGUAAUUGGGAUACAAGCUUCCAUUGCGAACUAAUUUCCGUUCCUGGUACCGAAAAGCUUAAGAUCAGAAAAUUUGUCAACUUUUGCAUUCCAAUGUACCUUAGCUACACAUGGACACCAGAACUAAGCGCGUUAGAUUUGAUUGUCAAAUCGCCUAAAAGGGGUCGAAGAAAAAGCAUUGGACUUUUCCGCAAAAAACCUGUUGACCCUGAAUGCUUCUUCAAAUUUGUACGCUGUCUGUUAGCGCCUGCUUUCUGGCAGAAUAUGCUGAAUAAUUUUUCUAGUCGUUGGGAAAAACGGGUCGUCUUAGAUUGUCAGCCAACUUCUUACGUAAAAUCAGAUGGCAUUGAUUUUUUGGUGUUUGUCAUCUAUGCGGUUCCUCAACCACCUAUCCACAUCGCUUGGUAUCGCCGAAUAGUAGCCCUUAUUAAUGAGUUUAUUCAUGUGUACGAGGUAAUGGCUUGGUUAUCAACAUUGGGCGGAGCAUACUCCGCGAUGGGCGACUAUUGCGAUCGAGCGAAGGGGGUCGCAAAACAGAUUUCUGCAAAGCAACUUCAAUUGGCGGCCCGUUUAGGCGACCCUACGCAGGUGUGCCGCUGUUGGAUAUUUCUGGCAAUGAGUGCCAUACAGCAUGGACAAUUGCGCUUGAGCCGGCAGAUACUUACAUAUCAGUGGAGAUUUGUUCACACCACUGAAGGUCAGCGCGACCCUAGACUGAAAAACAUGAUUUUGGGUGUUUGGAGUAGGCUCGUUUACGAACGAAAACUCCGCAAGCUUGGGGCAACUGCCGGACUAGUGACUGGAACGCACAGUCACAAAGCUUAACUUAUAAUGACAGCCAGCAGGAAACGCAAGCCUGCUGCUAAUGUUGCUGCUGGAACCAGGUCCCGCCUAUGCUAUAGACAUCGAUGAGGUCCUGCUGUGACGGAUCCUAUCGGCUUAUCGAUGGACUACAACCACUAGCAUGCGUUGUCACUGCCGGCCUAACGGGCUACAACCAGUCGGUAUAUGCGGCCGUACACUAUGCGUUACGCCUUAAUUUUGCAAGUGAGCCGAACACCCGUCAGCCCGCCACCGCUACUUCGUCUUAGCUGCUUUUGCGCCCUCUUCAACAACAGGUUUCCUCGCGCUACAAAGCUGCCCACUAUCCUUUCACUAAAGAACGUGGCAGACUCCGACUGCGAAGCAGGCAUGGCAGUAGAAACACCCGACGAGCUGCGUGGGACGACUGCUCCCACACUCCUUUCUUUCGCUUGUCUUCUCUCUCUUGUUCUGUGCCGAAGCGUCCAUCGGCCUCGUUCGUUCGGCUGGCAUUCGACUCGACUCGAAUUGGCCCUUAGCGCGAAGAGGACCGACGUGAUCGAUUUGUGAAGUGCUACCACUGUCAGUGCAGCAAUGGUGCGGAGGCGAAGUGAUGAAAUGCGCUUCGUUUGGAGGCAACAGCACCCCUUCUAGCCCCUUUACCGCUCCGUGUAUGCCAAUGCCUUACUCUUUGGCGCCUUUGUCCUCCUGGGUGGUCCGUCUGCCAUCUUACAUUUUGCCAGUAACACACCCACACAGGCAGGCUGGCAGCUAUCCAUUCAGCACAACCUUUUCCUUGUACGUUUCUAUCCUCAGUAUCCUGUUCGUUCGCACUGCCCCCUGAAAUCUAUGUCGGCACGAUGUGCAUGGGGGAGGAACUACCAGUUCAGUCCCCUUUCCAGUUCCUCCUUGCGUCCUCCUAGAGUGCUGCUCCCCUUUUCGUAAAGAGCUGGGGGCUAAGAGUGGUAGAGUGGUAAGGCAGUAGCUGGCAUCAUGCAUGUCUGCUGCUUUCCUGCCCUUUCGAGCGCGCUUGCCGGGCGAGUAGGUACUUCGGAGAAGGCGUCGCCUUGAGAGAUGACUUUCGAUGCGAUGCUUUAAGAAGACUUUGUUUCGCCGUCUAGCAUUCCCGCCAUAAGCCUGCUUGUCGACUCCUCACCAGCUAAGUUGCACGCCGUGGUCCUUCACGCCAUCAUGGACUUGUGCUGGCCGGUGGCUACUAUGUUUGCUUGCACCCUUUCCACUGUCUGCGUCGUUUAUGUUCACUCAUUCGUUGCUUCUUCAUCUUUUGGGGCCGGAGAAGGACCGAUGGAUAAGGGUAUGUGUCAGCUUCCGCCGUCACUUCCUGUCGGAAUGCUGAUCGUUCAGAGCGCCUAUGCAUCUCGCACACAUUUCAAAACGCAGCAGGCUAGCAGCAGACUGCCGCCUCGUCGGACCCCCCUAGAGUCCUGUUGAAAGUGCGGAAAGAAAGCUACCGAUAUUGCUAGGAAAGUCUGUGCCGUGGCUGUUUCAUCCACCGCUGUCACUGCCGCCAUUAUAACCAUAUGGAGCCUCUUUUGGCAUGUUUGCCUACCUGCUUGCCUAGCCGUUUUCCACUGCUGUCUGUCACUGUGGAUGGCCAAGUGACAGUCGAAAUUUACGUGAAGAUUUGCUCCUUUCACUUACACCAGCACAACUUACAAUUAUUGUUUCUGGUACGGAUAUAAGGUAGCAUCGCAACUAUAGUGCAUACUGCUGUAUGCGUUAGCGCCUAUUGUCAUAUUCGAUAUACUAUACGCAUGUACUAGACAUGUUUGCAAGCAGGGAGGUAGCUACGAUUGAAGCAGUGAGCGACGUCGGCGACGAUGAUGAUAACAAAGGCGAAGUGCGAGCUUUGCUAGUUCAUCACUCUUCCUUACGUGUUAUUCAUGCCAUAUAUAUAUAUAUAUAUAUGCUUUGUUGCUUGGCGCGCAUGAUCACUAACAGGAUGGGCGCCAUUUCAGCGAAACUGCGCAAGGACUCAGCUCAUAGUUAACGGGAAACCGUGUUUUCCAUAUGCAAGCUUGUUUGCGCUGAAAAAAAUACACAGAUAGAGUGGACUGAAAUAGCGCUACGUUUCGGCCACCUUCACAGCUGAUUCGAAAGCUGAUGUACGGACGUCUGUGCGCAUUCUAAUGCCACCGAACGGGCCGCUUUAAGCCACAUGGCCGCUAAUUAAUGACUAUACCCCUUUACCAUGGCUGUACGAAUCUUCGUAAAAAAUAAAGAUCCCGAGAGGCUUCGCUCUCUGUGCUGCCGUGUGAACUCAGAUUUCCAAUGCGACAAUGCUCUCCCGCUAUGCUAGUAGCAGCACCUGAUAGUGAUGGUGGACAGCUGUUCUUCUAGUAGACAGACGUACACGGCAUUCUGUCAGUCAUAUUAUAGAGCAGUCUGAAUGAUUAGAAAAUGUCAGUAGUCUCAGUUAAGAAAGCUAUAAUAAAGUGCGGUCGCUUUGAUUUUACACUGCACAAUUUUUCCAGAAAACAUCUCUUUAGUAGGAUAAUGGUUCUGCUUGAGUAUUAACUCUCACUAAACGCAACGCUAACAAUUUUACAAGAGAACUAGUCUAGAGCAUAAACUACUUCAUGACAAAUUAAUUUCUAAACAUUUUCAAGGCUUUGUAAUAUAGCUGAGACAUGAUAGCUUGAAGAAAGAGCACUUUGCCUUCGCAGAAUCCCCCUUCUUGUUUGCAGCACGCGCAGAUCCAUUACAAAAUCUGCAUGUGAAGAAAGCUCCGCAGGCAUAAUGAUGCAAAAUAUUUUUUGCCUGGUAAAUACAUCUGGGCCAUAUCCUUUGGAUGCCAUAGAAAAAGUUCCAAACUCACCGCAGUUUAACCACUUCUUGUUCUGGGUUUUCGCUUUUCCUCAUGUGGUGCUUGAUCAAUCGGAAGCGAACUAGGGACAAGCAAGCUUUCAUAUCUAACGGACCUGGCCUGUACAUGGGCCAGGUAGGAUAAUCUAUUUGGGCUGUUCUAUAGCAUAACACUGUCAGUCUCUUCAACAUCGAACCCUCCAACGAUUUUCCGUUCAAGAAUGUUAGCGUGAGUUCUAUUUUCAGCUGUAUGCAGGUUUGCGUUUACGUAGCAGAAAUACUACUUUGCCUCCUUUGAGAAUAUCGUGGAAAGCAGGAGUCAGCAGAAGACAGCAAAUCUUCUGAGACGAACGUCAUCUCAAUGCCGGGCUGGCUAUGUUUUAUUACUGCCUUACAGAAAAGCAACGUCCUAGCAAUAACUUUGACUGUUAACAUAUGCAGAUCAAUAACAUCUGUUAGCAAAACAUCAGCGAAGAAGUUUUUAAAAUUCAUCAUGUAACAAAAAAGGGAGAUAUUGUUGACAGCAUUUAUUGAAUGGGAACGGAAGCAUCUAGCUUCACAGUGGCAGAGCAUCAGGUAAUUCAUAAAAAUAUAGUUUAGAAUUAGCCUGGUGGGCCAACUCCGAAUGAUUUGUUGCUUGCCGUAAGCUUUUGUCUGAUUUGCACCCAUAGUGUACGUUUGCACAAGACCAUGUUACAAGUAUCCAUAAUGUGCUGACGCGGCCCUUGCGACGAUAUUGAUAGGCCCCGUGAUCAUGCUAUUCAGUGGUGGCUGUCGAUGUUCACCGAAAACCGUCCGCGUAGACUUUCAUCUAAGAAAAGAAUCAUUUGGGCAGGCGAAUAAAUUCUGCAAAAAAAUUCUCAGAAAGGGCUCGUUGUCGGCCCCUACAUUUGAAGCCCCGUUGACAGCGUAUACGACUAUACACUUGCCCUCGUGCGGUAAAAGUAACAAGAAUUGUAAUCACUGCAUUAAGGUAUUAGUUAGGCACCUACCUGAAGAAAUAUGCACAUCUGGACCACUAUUUGACUAUUGCUACAGAAACACUGCACAGCGGAGGAUAAUUUCAACAAAAAACGAUAGAUGACAUCGAAAUGCUCACGACAUUGUUCCUGGCUAUCAUCAUAAUGUUGUUUAACGUCGAUAUUGUGGCAGCAUUGACGCGUCUUUACACAGACCUUUUCUGCGAAUGAAGGGACACUGUUUGGCCUGGAGAAGAAAUUAAGCGAAGCAAAUUUCACUAGAAAGCUUCUCCCGUUCCAGCUCCUAGCGCUGUUCCACAUGCGUUCCUGAGAAAUGAUAAAAACAAGCUAGCCAAGGGCGAAAAAGCAAAAAUGCACAUCACAGAUAGACAUCAGUUUAUAAGUAACAGACAGUUGAUUCGUAUAUGGACAUCACUGGAGUGAAGUCUACGUAUGACCCCCGAUCGCUUAAUACGUUCGCUUUAGCCUUAAAUGCAUCGCUUUUUUCUUUUUUUGUUAUCGUGCGACACGCGCUAACAACAGUUCAUGUUGGAAGCUUCCCAUCGUCGCAUAAAUUUCAGCGCGUUCGACCCUGUUGAACGUCAUCCGUAUCACAUGGAUGGACAAUGUCGACGUGAACGAGUAUAUUAUUGUAGAAAGCAAAACAUUUGCAAACAUCCCUUCUGAUACUUUACGAAAGCAGGUUUUACCAAAGUAGUUAAGGCAAAUAGAGACACCGUUAAUAACUACCCUUUGGAGAGCACAACUUGACGUAAAAUACACAGUCAGGAGUAAUGUUUAUGGUGCGGAUAUUCAAAUAAAUACGAAGUAUCGUCGAAGUAAAUGAGAUUUUAGACAAGAGCAGCAUUUGUUUCCGACAUGGACCGAACAGCCGGAGAGCGUAAUAGUAUAUGAGCUUAGCUCGUAGGUACAUAGGCAGCUUUAUGUUUCUGCACAAUGUAUAGUGUGUAUCUGGUUAGCUGUCUAUAAUUUUGUCUGUUAUUAACACCAUUGUUGUUGAAGGCACGCUAAGGUGAGGCAAAGCCAGAUAAAAACAAACUAUCGCCGUAGGCUAUACGACUGUAGUUGGGCAUCUGCAACGUGUUAGAACAGAUUUGUCUGACUUCGUACAUGACAUUACGAGCAAAACCGAGCAUAGGAUGAUCUUAAAUAACUGGCCAUGUUACUACGAGUCAAACCCAGCUGCCGUGCGGUUGCUGAUUAGGUGAUAAACAGGUAAUUUUCGCAAGACAAGUAGCCAAAAAUUUUUGAAUAAUUGAUUAGACUCAUACGCUACAUAGAUAUCUUAAGGGAGUAAAAAAGCGUCGUAUCUGAAGUCCGUUUUUGUUUUUUGUUCGUUCUUUUGUGAUGCGGUAUACGCUAGCUUAACCGCUGUAACUAUGAUGCUAUCCGGUCCUACCUAGCUCUGAUCGGUAAGACUUGAAUUUUGUAAGGAAAAUGUGCCACAUACAUGUUAGUAAAUACUUCUGUUACUGUGUACUAAGUUCCCGCCUACGUUGGCUAAUAACGCCUCUUUCAUGUAUCGUUUAGCCACUAUCACUGGCAGUAUCUCAGGGCUACGAAAUUGCUUUAGCUGGUGAAUCAGGCGUAGGGACACAUGCAUUACAGAUAAGGACAACGCUACUGUACAUACAUCGAGCGUGCCGAAACCCCAGUAAAUCCUCUGACCCUCAGUCUGAAGAAAUUGUGGCAGUGAAGAGACAAGAGAGAAAAAACGCAAUCCAACGGUUUCGUGCGUUACAUAUUAUUAGUAAAUGAA